CAUUAUAAGUUGAGGUGUUUAUCAAGUAAAGUGGGAAUUUACAUUCAUACCCUAAGAUUCCAGUCGUGCUCCUCCAGCUCAAUUAUGGCGACAUCGAAUACGGGUACAUCGCCGGCGCCGGCUGCGGAGGACGACGAGAAUAUCCGGGAUCCUCUACUUGCCCUCCGUCCUGUAAAUCUCCGGCGAUACUCCUCCAACUCUACAUCCCAAGUCGCCAUCAUCGGCUCCAAUCUCUGCCCCAUAGAAAGCCUCGACUACGAGGUUUUGGAGAACGAUUUCUUCAAGCAGGAUUGGAGAGCUAGAGGUCGAGCUCACAUCAUCCGCUACGUCAUCCUUAAGUGGACUCUCUGUCUCCUCGUCGGCGUGCUCGCCGGAGCUAUCGGAUUCUUCAAUAACAUGGCCAUUGAGAAUCUUGCUGGUCUCAAGUUUCUUCACACAUUUGACCUAAUGUUUGCCAAUAAGUAUUUGAUGGCUUUUGGAGUUUUUGCGAGCUCCAAUUUCGUUUUAUUGAUGUUUGCUGUGGCAAUUACAUCAUGCAUUGCGCCGGCGUCUGCUGGAUCGGGGAUUCCGGAGGUGAGGGCUUAUUUGAAUGGUGUGGAUGCUCCUGAUAUCUUUUCCCCGAGAACUAUUGUUGUCAAGGUGAGAAAUAUGACACUCAAUAAGACACAAUGGAGAAAUAGAAUUCAUGUGCCCGACCCCAUGUGGUGGAAUAAAGGCUUUUUUUGUUGGUGUUGUUUUUUUUUUUUUUUUGCAUCAAUUUUUAUUUUCUGCAUCCUAACAACUACUUUCAGGAAAGGUAUUGGCCACCGGUUACUUCUUGCUGGAGCUAUUUCCAUAUUCAAAUCCUCCUUACCAUUUGGACUACCAUGGUUUGCAUCUUGCCAACCUUGUCCUGAUGCAACACCGCAAAGCUGCCAAAAACUAAGCAAAACAAACAACUUCAGGAAUUUCCACUGUCCCACCAACUACUAUAAUGAUCUAGCUAGCCUGUUCUUGAUCACCAACGAUGACAGCAUUAGAAACUUGUACAGUUCUGGUACUCAAAAGCUUUUUAAUCAGUCCUCAAUCAUAUUAUGGUUUGUAUAUUUUGUUACCUCUUACAUUCUUGGUAUCAUAAGUUACGGAGUUGUUGCUCCGUUCGGCCUCUUUGUUCCUGUUAUCUUGACAGGCGCGAUCUAUGGGCGCUGUAUAGGGAUGUUAAUGGGCUCUCGAUCAUCCUUAGAUCAUGGUCUCUAUGCCGUUCUUGGAUCUGCUUCUUUUCUCGGUGGAACAAUGAGGAUGACUGUUUCAGUCUGUGUCAUAAUCUUGGAAUUAACUAAUAAUCUCCUAUUGCUUCCUCUUGUUAUGCUGGUGCUUCUCAUAUCUAAAACAGUGGCUGAUUCUUUCAAUGGCAACAUCUAUGAUCUUAUCCUUAUACUGAAGGGGCUUCCUUAUCUUGAUGGACAUGCUGAGCCAUAUAUGAGGCAGCUGACAGUUAGUAAUGUCGUUAUGGGUCCUAUACAAAUCUUUAAUGGUGUUGAGAAAGUCGGCAAUAUUGUUCAUGUGCUCAAGACAACUGGACAUCAUGGUUUUCCUGUUAUUGAUGGGCCUCCAGUUUCCACUGCACCUGUUCUUUUUGGCUUAGUUCUUAGAUCACAUCUUCUUAUUUUGCUGAAGAAUAAAAUUUUCUUACCAACUUGUAUGCGGGCUCGUGUUGAUAUCACAAAAGAAUACUCGAGCGAUGAUUUUGCGAAGAACAGCUCUGGCAAAGGUGAUAGAAUUGAAGAUAUAGUGCUCACUCAAGAACAAAUGGAAAUGUAUAUAGAUCUUCACCCUUUCACAAAUACUUCACCAUACACUGUAGUGGAAACAAUGUCAUUGGCGAAAGCUUUAAUCCUGUUCCGGGAGAUUGGCUUGAGGCAUCUAUUGGUUGUUCCUAAAACUUCUUGUAGAUCUCCUGUAGUUGGAAUAUUAACAAGACAUGAUUUCAUGCCUGAGCAUAUAUUUGGGUUGCAUCCAUUUCUAAGGAAUAGCAGAUGGAAGAAGAUAAGAUUACAAGGGUCGCCCUUAAUUAGAAGUUUUAUGUGUUUUCUGCUGGGAUCUACUUAUGCAACAAGCAAUUCAAUUAGUUCUGAGUUCUAAAAUGUAUAUUAUGUUUGUCUGGUUCAAUGAGGAGGAAGAUUAUGCCUGUGCGAUAAUUUUUAGUAUUUGUUGUAUAUUAAACAUUUUCUGAAGCAGAGACAAAUUGUUGUUGUAUUAUAUUUUAUGACAUUCCAGUUGUAAAUUAUCAUUGUUAUUAUUUUUGUUUAUAACAUUGCUCUUUUUUUCCCAACAUUA